UCUCUUGAGUGUCUCGAAUGUGACAUGGCGUCCAUCAAGAUAUAUCACGGCCUCCUGUAAAUCUGUUUUAAUGACAGUGGUCUCUGUUUAAAUUUUAUUACUGAGGCCGUAAAAAUCGUAUUUUUGCAUUGAUGGUAAUGCAUGCAAGGAAACCUCACCGAAUAAGCGAUGGGUACUUUGAGAAGCAUCAGGCCCAUCCAUAUCAGCAGAAGUAUAAUUCGAAGAGGGCUAAUGAGUAUGGAUCAUCUGAGCGGUACACACCACUCAGAUCCCCCAAUGGGAACAUGUCCCACGGGCACAUGGGACACUCUGCCCACUCGCACCACCACUAUCACAUGGUUGAUGAACGAGGAUAUGUCACAUCUAGAAAUUCCUACAUGCAGAAAGGUUCAGAAAAGGAGAGAGAUAGAGACUACAAAUCCUCUAGGAAUAAGUAUACAGAUGUCAGAUCACCGAAGGAGAAACGCAGUAAAGAAGGUGAACGAGAGAAGAACAACCACGAGCGAUGUGAAUCCGAGAAAAAAAGGACUAGUGGAAUGAACAGUAGUGUUAAUUCGAGUAGCAAAUAUUAUAAGAGGAGUGCGCCCCCCUCGAGUGCGCCCUCUAGUGAGUGGUCGGAACACAUUAGUUCGUCGGGCAAGAAAUAUUACUAUAACAGUGAGCUUGAAGUGUCACAGUGGGAGAAGCCCAAGGAGUGGGACUCGAGGAAGAAUUCAUCCAAAGAUCACCAGACUACGUAUUCAUCAUCAUCAUCCAGAAGUACAUUGUUAUCCUUAGAUCGCGACAAGAGAUCGAGCUCGCGGUCGCGGCGGCGGGAGUCGGAGAAGUCGAGCAAGCGCGCAAACAGCACGUCGGAGCGCUACUGGAGCGGGUCGCGCGAGAACGUCGUCGAGCGGACGCGCACGAAGCACGCGCCGCACGCCGCGCACGACGGGAAAGAUGGCCACCACCUGCUGCAGGAUAUGGACAUAUCGCCGGACCGGAGUACACCGCUGUCGGAGAGCUCGUACAGAGAGGGCGGCCCUCCGAGACCGGAGCCCGGCGCUGUGCCGCCGGUCGUCGUCUUGGAUAACUCUAAUCAGACGAGCGGGUCGCUGCUGGCCGCAGCGCUGCCGCGCAUAGUGGCCGCGCCGUGCGCGUCGACGUCGGGCGCGGCGUGCAACAACGGCGGCACGCCGCGCAGCCGCUCGGAGACGCCGCAGCGCGACGCGGGCCCGCCCACGCCCACGCACUCGGAGAGCGUCGACCCGCACGCGCCGCCGCUGCACCUCGACAACGCGCUGCCACGGAAGAUGGAGUGCCUCGGCAGCUACUCGUCAGUAGUGGGCAGCCUGCAGCAAGCGGCGCCGAUGCUGACGCCGUCGCUGCUGAACCACGUGCGCGCGGAGCUCACCACGCACGUGACCGGGUGGCCGGCGGACAUACUGGAGAAACAGGCUAACAAAUACACAGAGGAAGCGUACCAACUCAGCUGCCUGCAGUGCACGCGCGUGUCCACCGAGCUCAAGUGCUCCCGCUCGAUAGUGCGCCACACCGAGAUACAGGCCACGCUGCAGGAGCAGAAAAUAAUGUACCUGCGCCAACAAAUAUCGCGGCUCGAGGAGCUCAAGUCGCAGAACUCGUUCAUGUCGGAGGACUAGGGUUUGCGGUGGGGGGUGGUCGCCGCGCCCCCCGCGCCCGCGCCCCCCUCCACGCCGGCCAGCCCGCCGCACGCGCAGUAGCGCCCCGGCCGCCGCGCGGGACGCACGUGCCCGCCCGCGACCCGCCCGGGGCAAGUAUGCGCUACCACCGUCGUGGCUGACGGUGCGAUCGGCGCGCAGUUACGUCACAGCCGGUGUAGGCUAAUCGAGCGCACGCGUGACACUGUCGAACCGUGCAUCGCAGUACCGUGUGACAGCUUAGACAUACAUAGGACCAGCGGCCGGUGGGGUGUGUGACUGCUUGUGAGCUAGUGGGGAUAAGGUUUCAUGGAUUGUAAUGUGGCGAAGUUAGAAGCGUCGGAAGUGUCAAAUAGAUGUGCAGAGUAUGUUCACAUAGUUCAGGCGAAUGCAGUUUAAAAUAGAUUUCCCAGGUUUAUAGUUUUUGAUGAUGCAUUGAUGUAGGCAAAGAUUCACUAUGUACUGUUUAAAUAGAAGAAGGGUACAGCGAUGAGUGUUUCCAACAUGUGCAGGUCUAUGAAAUUUUCAGCAAUAUUGAUAAGUGGGCCAAGACUUACCGAGUAUAUAGAAUAUAGGUUUUCUGCAUUGUUUUAAGAAUACAUAGAAAAACUAUAUGAUAGGGUUAAAAUGAUGUUCCAUGUACCACACUUGCAUGUGAAAUCGUGGAACUUGGCAAUAUGCAAUGAGACCUUAUUAAUCAUCUGAUAAUGCAGAAGAACAAUAGAAAAUAAUUGAUAUUGAUGUCGUUUUAUGUAUGAAAUGUUAAGAAAAAGCACACGGUAUUCAUUAGAAAAAGAUUUUCUGUGAAGUAAUCUGUGGAAAGUUUAGUAACUGAGAUGCAGUGUUCGGUAGGCCAUUGGAAAUCAUUUAAGAAGAUUCCCGGGGUAUCCAGUUUUAAUGUGACCAAAAAGGAAGCGCAAGCGAAUUGGAAUAAGAAAAGAAAGUGUAGAGGAAGGGGAGUGGAGAUUGAGCAGUGAGUCGGAGAUUAUGGAGUCUGCAGUUGGUCUUCACGAGUCACACAGGCCGCCGAGGGCUCACAGCAGUUCUGUGACGAAACUCUUUCAUUCCGUUCCUUCAGUGUCGUGUGCAUGACAGUCGUCAAUUUAUAAAUGUAGCUAGACGAUUCGAUCUAUUUAUUGAAAGACCUAUUUUUGCGAACAUUGUAAUUUUAUCAUUUAACGUGAAGUGUAGUGAUUGGCCGACCUGGCCGUUCGGAUGUCGACUAUAUUUAUUGAAAAGCAAUUGUUCGCUUAAAUCAUUAAUUUUUCUAUUUGUUUAGAUCAUUCGCUGGGCAAGGAAUAAGAUUGACGAAUUUUAUGACAGUUAUGAGGAUGUUCAAAGAUUAGUUUUAGUGAAUGCUUAACAGUUUUAUCUUUUACUUUUACAUUGCCGAGAGUUGAACAGUAGUUUACAAUAGAUUGUUAUUGGGUCUGUUGCCCGAUCAAGUCAUUUGUCUAACAAGCAAAUGUUCAAGUGUCCUUGUAUAUUCACUUAGUAGCUCAUAAUAUUUGUGUUAAAGUAAUUUUUAUAACUGAUUAGUAGAAAUGGCAUAUCUCUAAUUGAGUUUAUAAGAUGAAAUCAUCGACAACACAACCACUAGGCGCCUAAUAACAGACGAACUGUUUCUGUCAACGCAUGUGUCUAAUAGGACUUAUAACCGCUGCCAUACGAAACGCAACUAUCAGUUUCGGCCAGUUCCGUGAUCUGUUAACACGUCUGAAAAAACCUUUAAAAAAAAGAAACAAUGGCUCCUUGUAGUAUUAAAUAAUGUGGUAAAACGAGUAAAACCUCAAGUUUGCAGAAGGACGGGAUUACUUUUCAUAA